AUGCUUCCAAUAGAAAAAGAAAAUUCUAGAGUUGCUACAACUAAACCAUUAGAUGAACUUUUUACUAAUGUCGGUCAAAAGUUUGAGACAGAUACCGUAAAGCAUGAAGGCUAUCGUUUUGACUACCCAUUAAGAUGGUUAAGAGACCCAUCUGUCACAAAAGCUAUUGGCUUUCGAAGAAUAAAGUUUGUGUCUGUAGAAGAUAAAAGUUUUCCAUUUAUUGUAAGGUUUCAUAUAGAUUAUACAUCUGAAGGGCAACGAAAAAUGUGGGAAGAAAUUGAGCUAAUACAAGUUGACCUCUCAUCUUCUCUACAGACUGCAUUAAAAAUAUAG